UUCAUGAGGGGGCGUGACUGAGUUUACCGCAGGUGCAAAACAAUUAUAAAAUCGGAUAGAACCGCUCGCACUCUUGUUCGAAGCUCAAUAGAGGUUUGACCGUCACCAGUGAAGGAGGAAAACUGUGAUUAAGAUGUUACCGGACGCCUACGGCUGCGUUGUGGCCAACAGGUUCGGGAAUCUUCCCGACGACGACAGCGACCCUUUGGAUUUAAUAAGCGAGGUGGAGCGCGAACAGGAGAGAAAGAGGAAGAAAAAGAAGGAGGAGGACGAACAAAAAGCCAAGCAGAAGAAAUCUGGCCAGAAAGAAUCCCAGAGGGACAGACGCAUGCCCAUUAUUAAAACAGCCCUUCCAGAACCUGAUGCAGUUUGCAAGCAGCCAGCAGCUCGCAACAGAGGGGAUGAAAGAGCAGAGGCAAAAAGAGGCUCCAAGAUGCCAGUCUGUGGGGAGCGCAGGGCCAACCCAGCUGUGUAUCCACAGGAAUUCUCUGUCGCAAAGCCUUCCAACAAUCGGGAUACCGACUUCAAGAGUCGAGGGGGAGGCAGAGGUGGCAGAGGUGGGAGAGGAGGAUACACAAGGAACUCUGAUUAUUUUGUCCUGCGGGGCAAAAGAGAAUAUGACCGACACAAUGGAACCGGCAUCUCACCGGAUGAGAAGCGCGGCGGCAGAGGUCCCUGGAAUUGGGGUUGUGUUGAAGAACCAGCCGGCGAGUUAAUGGAUGUGAUGACUGAUGCUCAAGUACAUUCUGAGGAGCCUCAAGCACCAGUGAAAGAGAACCAAAACAUUGCAGUGCCAGAAGAGGAAGACGAAAUGUUGGUUCAGGUUGCUGUGGAGAUGACUCUUGAUGAAUGGAAGGCCUUGCAGGAGGUCAGUCGUCCAAAGGCAGAGUUUAAUAUCCGCAAACCAGACAACAAGAUUCCAUCAAAGGCCAAAGUCAUCCACAAGUCCAAACAUGUGGAGCAUCUAAAGGGGCAUGUAGAAGGAAUGGAGGAUGAAGGAACGUUCCUUCGCCGAUCUGUGAAUGACAUCACCUCCCUUCUGGACAUCAACUUUGGUAGUCUGGGACGCCCGCCUCGAGGGGGUAGAGGCAGGGGGGCCCGUGGAGGCCUGUCCAGUUACUCUGAGAGAGACCAAGCCACACUGGAGAAGGUGGGUGAAGUGGCUCCAGACCCUGACAAUCCAGAAGAUUUCCCAGAAUUAUCAGCAGGCAGAUGAACAAGUUCACACCUCAUGUUGCUGGUGUGGGGAAAUGGGUUGCACUUAAACAUUGGCCAAUGAGGAUACGAGCUUUCAUGGAAUUGCUGUUCUCAAGGUUUGGUGUUCUAUUCUUCUGGGUUUUUGUUUCUAGUCACCGAUGGCACUGAGCUUAAAGAAUUUUGCAAAGAUUACAGAUGUU